CCUGCGUCCGUCGACGAUGUUGCGCUCGCUCGGACACACCGGCCGCUCUUACAGCACACAGCAGAGCACGCACACAGCCGCACUCUUCAUCGACUCCGUCUUCCCCAUCCGUCUCGGCGCCUGGGACCUGCGCUACUACUACGGCCUCCUCCGCCAAGAGUCCCUCCUCGAUGCCCUCGGCGCAUCCCUCAACGCCGUACACGCCCAUGGCUUCACCCCAGUCGCCCUAGAGCCCCACCCAAAAGACGGCGGCGUCUUUCUUCGCUUCCAGUACACCGCACCCGCACCCGACCCCGCUCUCCUCGCUCAAAUAGAGCGCGCCGUCCGCGACCACCUCCGCGCGUCCGGCGGCGUCCCCUCCUCUGCCGGCCUCCGCCGGGGCGACGCCUGGCUCGUCCGCGGCACCCCCUGGCCCGAGGACAUGCGCCGCUUCGCCUCCCCCAUCCUCCGUGUCGCCUUUGACGGCCCGGACGUCCCCGAAGAGGUCCUCUACGCUCUCCUCCGCCCCUACGGCCGCAUCCUCGACAUCGUCCCGCCCACACCCGCACCCGCCGGCGCCCUCCGCGCCGCCACCGUCACCUUUGCAGACACGCGCGCUGCCGUCAUCGCCCGGCACGCCCUCCACGGCCUCGCGGUUCCCGCCGCUGCCGCGUCCUCCACGCGCCUGCGCACCGCCUUCCAGCCCGCAGUCCAGGCCCACGCCCUGCGCGACUGGGCCACCGCCCACCCGCGCAUCGUCAUCCCCGUCCUCGUCUUCCUCCUCGGCACCCUCACCUACACCGUGUUCGACCCCAUCCGCGCCUUCAUGGUCCAGGCCAAAAUGCAGGACUGGCUCGACUACCGCCAGUUCACGCUCUACAAGUGGCUCCGCCGCAACGCCCUCGAGCGCCUCUCGCUCUCCCUCGACAUCGCCCCCGACGGCGACGUCGUGGACGAGGAGGGCGCCUGGCAGGAGCGCCGCGAGGCCGAGGCCGCCCUCAGGCGCUAUCUCGCCGACGUCCCCACCACGGUCGCGUUCGUGCACGGCCCGCAGGGGAGCGGCAAGUCGCGCCUGCUAGGCCGCAUCCUGAAAGAUAUCGACCGCCCUGCCCUCGUGAUCGAUUGCGCGCCGCUUCUCCACGCAGGCACCGACGCCCGCCUCCUCGCCGCCCUCGCCGCCCAGACGGGCUACUGGCCCGUCUUCACCUUCCUCAACUCCGUCAACCACCUCGUCGACCUCGCCAGCGUCGGCCUCAUCGGCCAAAAGGCCGGCCUGAGCGCCUCGCUCCCCGAACAAACAACCCAGCUCCUCGAAGUCGUCGGCACCGCCCUCCGCGCGUCCGCCGCGACGCGCCGCACGGGCGCGCAGUGCGCCCGCAACCGCACGGCACAGGCCGCGCAGGCGGAGAAGGAGGCCGCGCGCGUGCGGGAGCGCAUCGCGCGCGGGACGUGGUUCGAUCCGCGGAUGGGCGCCGUUGCGGGGGGCGGGGUGAUGGCGGAGCUGGGCGUCGGUGACGAGCGCGUGUGGGAGGCGGAUCUGGAGGCUGCGAAGCCCCGAGGCGCCGCGCGCGAUGCGGGGGACCACGUGGACGCGCUGCCGGCGGUUGCACCGGAUAUGGACGCGGACGCGGACGCGGUGGGCGCGCUGCCGAUCGUGGUGGUGAAGAACUUUGCGCCGGGGGGAGGGAGGGAGGACGUGAUGGACGUGUUUGCGCGCUGGGCGGCGGCGCUGGUCGAGGGCGGCGUCGCGCACGUCGUCGUCGUGAGCGACAACCGGGAACACUCGAAGCGGCUCGCGAAAGCGAUGCCGGCGAAGCCGCUGAGCACGAUCGCGCUGUCGGACGCGGACGCGGCGGGCGCGCUGAUGUUCGUGAAGCUGCGCCUGCGCGAGGCGGGCGUGGAGCCCGAGUGGACGGCCGAGCGCACGGAGCGCGUCGAGCGGCUCGGCGGGCGCGCGAGCGACCUCGCCAGUCUGAUCCACAAGGUGCGCGGCGGGCAGCGGGUCGAGGACGCGGUGGAGGACAUCGUGGGGCGCGGCGUCGCGGAGCUGCGCAAGGGCGCGUUCGGGGACGACGCGGAGGACGCGCGGGCGCUGCCGUGGACGCGCGUGCAGGCGUGGGCGGUCGUCAAGGCGCUCGCGCAGGCGAACGAGGUGCCGUACCACGACGUGCUCGUGAACUUCCCGUUCAAGGGCGACGAGGGCGCGCUGCGCGGCAUGGAGCAGGCGGAGCUGAUCGCUAUCACCGCGCACGACGGUACGCCGCGCUCUACUCUGCGCCUCUAUUUGUCCCUCCCUUAUUCUGUGCGUCUUGCUCACGCUGUCUGUCGCGCACGCGCAUAG